UUCUAUAUACUAUGUGACAUGAAAUAAUAUAACACAAUUUUUUUGUGCAUACUAUUUUUUCCUUCAAUUUUCUAAGAACACAAAUUUAUAGUCUCUGCUUAUGGACUCUUCUUCAUUAAUCCCUCGUCCUUUGAUUUCCAAAGUCAUCACCAAAUCAAGCUUGCAUCGUUCAUGCACUACUCAUCAUAGUGCAAGAUUUGGUUUGUGGAAAAACAAGGCAAGAAACUUGGCUUUUUAUGCUAUUGGGUUUUCUAAGGUUGGAAUAGAAGAUGUGUUUGAUGAUAAUGAUUUGAAGAGAAAUGAAAAUGGAUCCAUCUUAGGAACGUUUGAUGAUGAAAUAAAGCAAGAUACCAAUGAUUUCUUUGUGAGUGAAGCUGAAGGUGAUCCAGAUUGUCCUUCUAAAGGGUACUCUUCCAUUGAGCAUGCCCUUAAUGCAUUGCGCCAAGGAAAGUUUGUAAUAGUUGUUGAUGAUGAAAACAACAAUGUUGAAGGAAAUCUUAUAAAGGCAGCAUCUCUUAUUAGUACCAAGGAUGUGGCUUUUAUGAUUAAACAUGGAUCAGGAAUAGUUUCUGUUGGCAUGAAAGAAGAGGAUCUUCAAAGACUGAAUCUUCCUCUUAUGUCACCAGAGGCUGAAGAAGAGGAUUCAUCUGCCCCUACUUUCACUAUCACCGUGGAUGCAAAAUAUGGAACUUCCACAGGCGUAUCAGCCGCAGAUAGAGCAAAAACAAUUCUUGUUCUGUCAUCUCCAGAGUCUAAGUCAGAAGACUUGAGAAAACCAGGUCAUGUUUUUCCUCUUAAGUAUAGAAAUGGCGGAGUUCUUCGGAGAGCUGGUCAUACCGAGGCUUCUGUAGAUUUAGUUGCAUUGGCUGGCUUGUCUCCAUUUUCGGCUCUAACAGCUCUUGUUGAUGCUGAAGAUGGAAAUAUGGCAUCUUUGCCAAAUUUAAAAAGCUUUGCAUUGGAAUACAACUUACUAAUUGUCUCAAUAACUGAUUUGAUAAGGUAUCGGAGAAAGCGAGAGAAAUUGGUUGAAAGAACUUAUGUCUCACAUCUUCCUACUAAAUGGGGUCUAUUUCAAGCAUACUGUUAUAGUUCAAAGUUGGAUGGAACUGAGCAUGUUGCUAUAGUUAAGGGAGACAUAGGAGAUGGACAAGAUGUUCUAGUAAGAGUACAUUCAGAAUGUUUAACAGGUGACAUAUUUGGAUCAGCUCGGUGCGACUGUGGCAACCAACUAGCUUUGGCCAUGGAGUUAAUUGAAGAAGCUGGAAGAGGAGCACUUGUGUAUCUUAGAGGUCAUGAAGGAAGAGGCAUUGGGUUAGGUCACAAACUUCAAGCAUAUAAUUUACAAGAUCAAGGUCGUGACACGGUCGAGGCAAAUAUAGAUUUAGGGUUAGCCGUUGAUGCUCGUGAGUAUGGAAUUGGUGCUCAGAUUUUGAGGGACAUCGGAGUUCGAACUAUGAGACUAAUGACGAACAAUCCAGCGAAGUUUGUUGGUCUUAAAGGAUAUGGUUUGGCUGUGAUAGGGCGUGUUCCUGUGCUAACACCAAUUACUGAGGCAAACAAGCGGUACCUAGAAACAAAGAGGACUAAAAUGGGUCAUAUUUAUGGGUCUGAUAUAUAAAGAUUAUUAUUACAUGAACUCAAUGAUUCAGUUGAAAAUAACUGAGAUUUGCCAAAGAAUACAUAAUACGACAGAAUAAAACUUUGUACACGGUUAAAAAUAUAUUCAAAAGACGAAAUUCAGAAAUUUUAUUUAGCUUACUGUAAGUAUAAAUUGCUAUACAGAAUAUUUUAAGCUACAUUUCAAUGUUAGGAACUUUAUUUUAGCUCAAUAUAAUACUAUUUGAUCAAUCAGAAGGUUUGAAAUA